AUGUUCGUUAUGUCUGUCAUGUCCUCCAUUAUUUUCCUUGUCUCCUUGCUCUCCCUCAUCUUUACCGGUGCGGAAGCAGCUGUUGUUUCGGCAGUCCCGACUCUUUCAUACAAGUUCACCUUCGCUGCGUUGAACACGUCGCUGCCGAACGCGAAUGAUACGGGUGUACCUUUGGUGCUCGGGCAAGAUGGCGCUAUUGAUGGAGCGAGCCUCGAAGUGACAUCGACUUACGCGUCAUUUCCAUACAAUGACUAUCCUUCUAUCUUGCUCACUGGGGGAAGUCUCAAGGCGUACCGCUCCUCGGGAGUUUCCAUUACAAAUGCCACCGCAGUACAGAGUGGAGGAGAACUUCAGUGGAUUACGAGUAGUUAUUACAGCGCAACCCCUGGCACGAGUUACUCUGCAGUAACGACACAAUCCGGGAAGUACGCUGUUCUGGCCGUGUUUGGGAACACGGAUUUGUGGUCUCUCUGUCCUUCGCAUGCGUUCCGUGGGCAGAAUAACGUGGUGUAUAAUGUCUCGACUGUGGCUUCUCCAUAUGCGUCGUAUGAUCCUUCGGAUUGCUAUAAGGUUACGUUAAACAUCGUGCCGUUAUGA